AUGAUUGCCAUCAAGACUCUUAAUUUUCAGAAUGAAGAAGCUCUUAAGAGUCUUAAGAGAGAAUGCAAAUUGUUAGGAAGGAUUCGGCACCAUAACCUCAUCAGAAUCAUAGAUGCAUUUUUCUACCCUGACUUCAAGGGUUUGGUACUUCACUUUGCAUGUAAUGGGAGCUUGGAAAAACAUUUGAACACUAACAGGGAUGAUCAGGACUUUAGUAAGUUGGGAUUGAGUGAGUAUUUGAGCAUUACUAUAGAUGUAGCCCAUGGCAUGGAAUAUCUUCAUCAUGAUUGUCCUCUACAAAUUGUGCACUGUGAUUCAAAACCAAGCAAUGUGCUGUUGGAUGCCAACAUGACAGCCCUUGUGACUGAUUUUGAGUAUGGAUUGGGUGGGAAUGUUUCCACCAAAGGAGAUGUUUAUAGCUAUGGAAUUCUGAUAUUAGAGAUGGUUACAAGGAAGAGGCCAAGUGAUGACAUCUUUGUGGGUGACAUGAACUUGCCAAAGUGGGUGAGCUUGGCUUUUCCAGACAGAUUGGCAGAUGUUGUUGAUAGUGAGGUGUUAAAAGAUGUGAAUGAAAACAUGGAAGACAAUAGAUGUCUUGUUUCUUUUAUUCAUGUUGGUUUGCUCUGCACUGCUGAAUCACCAAGAGAGCGGCCUUCCAUGAGAGAUGUAUCGAAUGUCUUGGAGAGGCUGAAGACAUCUUUGAUGGGAGAUGCAACUGCUUCCAAUUUAACGUCUACCAUAUCAGAUCUCCUGCGCAAUACCGAUCCCACAGAAGCAUUGCAAUCUGGUAGUCAAAGUUCUACAUCUUAG